GUUGGGAUGGUAAAGGGAUAAAACAACAGCGGUUAUCCGCGAGCUCUACGAACCUCCUUGUUUGAAUUUGGUCAACAUAGGUGUCAUGACAGACGCAGUAUAAAAAAAAAAAAAGCAGCAAGCAAAGAAUCCGAAAUGAGGGCGACGAUUAAUCAGAAGUUAACUGAGAUGGGAGAGCGAGAAAGAUUAAAAGAGUUGCUCAGAGCCAAGCUAACUGAAUGUGGGUGGAAGGACCAGCUGAAGGCUCACUGCAAAGAAGUCAUCAAAGAGAAAGGCUUGGAGCAUGUAACUGUGGAGGACCUGGUGGUGGAAAUCACACCCAAAGGAAGAGCAUUGGUGCCAGACAGUGUCAAGAAAGAACUUCUCCAGAAAAUAAGAGGAUUCUUAGCUCAGCAUGCCACGUAAAUAAAAAUUCAGAAUUAGUUUAGUUAAAUUUGUUUUAAAAAGUACUCUGUUAUAAUGAUUUAUCAUAUUUUUGUUUCUUUUGACUUCCACUGUAGACCACAUUGGUUCUGUCAUGACAUUUUGAAUGAGUAUAUUGAUCCGCUGUGGAGACCCCUAACGGGAGCAGCCGAAAGUAGUAGUAGAUAUUGAUUUUUAUUAUUGGGGGGUUUUUUGCUAAUCUUAAGAUAAAAUCUAUGUUAACACACUAUUUCCCUUGCAUAUUUAGUUUUUGUCUGUAUAUGAAAUAAUAAUCCAUUUAAUUAUCCAUUACCUAUUAUAUGUCUGAUUUUAUUUCAAAAUCAGGCAAGAGGCUAAAAUCACUAUUUCAAGGAGGAAAGUGCUGUCUCUUGAAGGAUACAGUGACAAAUGUUGAGGUGAAUGAGUGUCUACAGCCAGAGGAAAGAAGUAUUACUUUUGCUAAUUAAAUACUUUUUA